CGCCCAUGUUGUUUCCGCCUUACGACGAAUUCAUUGGACCAUCCUAACGCCUGUCAAAAAUGCAACCUCAACAGACUUCCUGCAUCUGUUAGGCUGUCCGCACUGUCAUGUAUUUAUCUGACAUGUUUUCCCCAUCACUUCUGACAACAGGGCGACUUUACCCGUAGACUUUUAUUUGCCACCGACUGAGCGUUGAACAUAAAGCGGGUCGAUGUCCAAAGACAACCGCCACGAUGGACGGAGGCGCGGAGCAGGGCAGCACCGUCUCGGCCCGAGAGUUAGCAGCCAAGGCGGGGACGGGAGGGAAAGGUCUGGUAGCAAUAGCUCAGGCUCCUCGCAUGGAGGUGGCAAAAGCAAGAAUGCAUCCAUAACGGCUUUGAAGGCUUCGUUUCAGCGUUCUAACAGCCAUGACAAAGUGCGAAAGAUAGUUGCUGAAGAGGGCCGUGCUGCUCGAAACCUCAUUGCCUGGAGUGUGCCUCUAGAGAACAAAGAGGAGGAAGCAAAGUCCAAAGGCAAUUCCAGUGGCAGUUCCAGGGUUCAGAGGAUCAGUGCUGGGCAACAAAGGAAUAAAAAACAGAAUGCUGGUGUGGAAAAUAAAUCCACGGCUGGAGCCUUGCUGGAGAAGGGGGCAGAGAAGAGCCCCACUAAAGUCAGACAGCCCCGCAAGGUGGAUCUCCGAGCGCGCUACUGGGCAUUCCUCUUCGACAACCUGCGUCGGGCUGUGGAUGAGAUUUAUGUCACAUGUGAAUCGGAUCAGAGCGUCUUAGAAUGCAAGGAGGUGUUGAUGAUGCUGGACAACUAUGUACGGGACUUCAAAGCUCUCAUAGACUGGAUCCAACUUCAGGAGAAGUUGGAGAAAACAGAUGCCCAGAACAGACCCACUUCUUUAGCCUGGGAGGUACGUAAGAUGUCUCCAGGACGUCAUGUGAUGCCAAGCCCCACAGACAGAAUGGUACCUACUCCAGGUGCACGUCGCGCCCUCACCUUUGGUGGUCCUCCUGCAGCCAGGCUCUCUCACACAGGCCCCAGCUGGGCAGACCGAGUGAAGUGCACUCAGUCUGUCCUUGGCUCCAGUCAACCCACCACAUCCCAGGCAGAAAAACCUGGUAAAAAAGAUGCAGAAGGCUGGGAGACCGUACAGCGAGGGCGCACUGCCAAACCUCGCUCUGCCGCCAUGGUUGCCAAGGUCUGUCCUGUCUUGGUUAGUGUCGCCCCGAAACAGGAGAGCAGCAAGUGUAACCAGUCGCGUGUUCCACCACGAGAAGAACAACAACUCUAUCCUGAAUGUCCCCAGAACAAGGACCUGACUCAGGUGGUCACUGAGCAGCAAGUCCUUUUGGAGCCUGAGCUACAAGAGCAGGAUGAAGGCCCAGAGAAUGGGCAAAUAAUAGAGCCCCCAGCAGAGAGUGUACAAGACUCGGGGCAGUGUGUCGACGCACCCCGUGAAGACGCGCCUUCCCCCAUAGCAGCUCUUACCCCAUUCCAAGCCCCAGAGCACACCCCAUCCAUAACUUCACCAACAGACAUUACCUUAUCAGUCCCAGUUUCUGCUGAGGCCCUCACCACAUCCCUAGAGCUACCCCAGACGGAUGGCCUUGGUACACAGUUGGCCUUUGGGGACAGUGGGGCUGAGGGGGGUGCGUCACAGGGCAUGGCCACAUCUGCUCCAGGACAGGCUGAGACUCCCAUGGCAGCGGUGAAACUGGAGAGUGUGCUGGACCCCACAGAGCUUUCUACUCCACAGUCUAUGGCAGAGGUCCUGGCCAAGAAAGAGGAGCUGGCAGACCGGCUGGAGAAGGCUAACGAAGAGGCAAUCGCCAGCGCCAUUGCUGAGGAGGAGCAGUUGACAAGAGAGAUUCAGGCUGAGAACAACGACCUGGAGACUGACAAUGAAAGUGACUUCUCUUCUAGCAUCGGUAAUGGAGGCUGUGGAGCCAAUAUGGAUUGGAAUGACAUGCUGGCAGAUUACGAUGCUCGGGAACCAUGGCGUCAGACUACCUCUUGGGGCGACAUGGUAGAAGAAGAACCUGCUCGGCCUCCUGGACACGGGAUCCACAUGCAUGAGAAAUUGUCUUCACCGUCACGUAAAAGGACCAUUGCAGAGUCAAAGAAGAAACAUGAGGAGAAACAGCUGAAGGCACAGCAGCUGAGGGACAAACUCAGAGAAGAAAAGACACUCAAACUGCAGAAGCUGUUGGAGAGGGAAAAAGAUGUAAGGAAAUGGAAAGAGGAAUUGUUAGAGCAGCGGCGGAGGAUGAUGGAGGAAAAACUAUUGCAUGCCGAGUUUAAGAGGGAGCUGCAACUGCAGGCUAUUGUGAAGAAAGCCCAAGAAGAGGAGGCCAAGGUGAAUGAAAUUGCUUUCAUCAACACCCUGGAAGCCCAGAAUAAAAGACACGAUGUCCUUGCCAAGUUAAGUGAAUAUGAACAACGCUUUAAUGAACUGCAAGAAGAGAGACAGAGGAGACAGGAGGAGAAGCAGGCCAGAGAUGAGGCUGUGCAGGAGCGUAAGCGUGUCCUGGAAGCAGAGCGACAGGCAAGGGUGGAGGAACUGCUGAUGAAGCGGAAGGAACAGGAGGCUCGCAUCGAACAGCAGAGGCAGGAAAAGGAGAAAGCUCGAGAGGAUGCAGCCCGGGAAAGAGCGAGAGACCGAGAGGAGCGUCUGGCUGCACUCAGUGCUGCUCAACAAGAGGCCAUGGAGGAGCUGCAGAAGAAAAUUCAGAUGAAGCAUGAUGAGAGCAGCCGCAGGCAUAUGGAGCAAAUCGAACAGAGGAAAGAGAAGGCUGCUGAGCUCAGCAGUGGUCGACAUGCUAACACAGACUACGCACCUAAACUGACACCAUAUGAGCGCAAGAAACAGUGCUCACUGUGCGGCGUUGUGAUAACCUCAGAGGUGCACCUGUUCAGCCACACCAAGGGCAAGAGGCACCAACAGGCUGUGCGAGACAGUAGCAGCAUCCAGGGACGGGAGCUCUCCGAUGAGGAGGUGGAGCAUCUUUCCUUGAAGAAAUACAUUGUGGAUGUUUUGACAGACAGCUCUGUUUCUUCAGAAAGCAUAAAAGAUGGAGAAGAGCGUCAGAAGGCACGAAAGAAGGCCAAGAAGCUCCGUGCCAGGAUGAACUCCAGAGCAAAGGAAUAUGAGACAUCAAUGGAGGCAAAGACUCAGGUCCCUGACUCCCCAUACAAGGCCAAGUUGCAGCGGUUGGUGAAAGACCUGUUGAAGCAGCUCCAGGGCCAAGACAGCGGGCAGUGGGCCAACAACAAAGUGUCUGGUCUGGACCGAACUUUGGGGGAGAUCUCUCGCAUCUUAGAGAAGCAGAACAACGCAGACCAAGUGGCCUUCCAAGUGGGCGGUGGCCUGUCUGCUCUGGAACAAAUUUUGCAGGUCAUCACUGCUGCUUCCACACCUACUGCAGUUCCCCGUAUUCCUCUGAAAUCUCUCUGUUCUGCUGUAAAUAUCUACAACCUGGCAUGUUCCUGCUGUGCACUCAACUGCUCCUAUGUGCUGUUUAGCAACAAGAUAGUCCUCCUCAUGGACCUGCUGUUGCAUCAGCUAACACUUUACGUCCCCGAUGAGGACAAGUCAAUUUUUGGGCGCAGUGUAAACAAGCAAGUCUUUGAGGGUUUGACGACAGGCCUUCUUCAGACUAUUUCUACUAUCCUGGUGUCCCUGUGGCCUCAUAUCUCUGAGUCUGGGCAAGGUGAAAACACGUGCAUUUCCUCCCAAGAUAUCAAGGUCAAGAGCUCUGCCGCAGAGUCCUUCAACACUCGCACACAAGACCUAAUCAGCUAUGUGGUAAACAUGGGUUUGAUUGACAAGCUGUAUGGGUGCUUCUUGUCAGUCCAAAGUCCUGUAGACGAGCACCCCAAGAUGUCUGCCUUCCUCCAGCAAGCCUCAGCUCUGCUGCACAGCAUGUGUAAGCUGUGCUUUGUCGUAACUGGACGUGCUCCAAGUAUAUUCGACAAUAAACGCCAGGACCCGACUGGAUUGACGGCGCUGUUGCAGUCGACAGAUUUGGUAGGGGUGGUGCACACCCUGUAUUGUAUCCUGCUGCACAGUUUCUUGCCAGAAUCUGCUUCCCAGAGUCAGGAGCCCUACGGCCCUGGGGUCAUCCAGGUGGCUUUACAAGGCAUCCGCUUCCUCAACAGUUUUGCCCUUCUUGACCUGUCUGCCUUCCAGUCUGUUCUAGGGGCAGAGGGCCUGUCUCUAGCUUUCCGGCACAUUGUGAGCUCCCUGCUCUGGUACUGUACCCAGCAGUCAUCUGAAGACCUGCUGCACGAAGUCAUCAUUUGUGUAGGAUACUUCACCGUUAACCACCCUGACAACCAGGUGAUAGUGCAAUCUGGCCGCCAGCCCAGCGUAUUGCAGAAACUGUGUCAGCUGCCCUUCCAGUACUUUAGCCACCCACACCUCAUCAGAGUACUCUUUCCCUCGCUCAUCUCGGCCUGCUACAACAACCCUGAGAACAAGGUCAUCCUGCAGCAGGAGAUGAGCUGUGUGCUGCUGGCCAGAUUCAUUCAGGAUUGUGCUGCAGACGAGAAGGAGUCAGACAAUAAACCAAGUAAAAUGGUUUCUCAGCCACUGGAUUACUGUGAACUGCCCAACCGCUUUCCAAGAGAUCAGUGGGAUUCAGCCCUGCAGUUUUUCCUCACAAAGCAGGAGGACUGAUGGAGUUGCAGACCUACUGACAAAGCACUGUAUAAUCAUCAAAAAAAGACACUAACAUAUGGAGAUGUUUUCAGAUUUUUGUUUGGGGUUUUUUUGCACAUGAAUAAAUGAUAUGCUCUUCAAACGUUGUCAAAUAUUUUCAAGAAAGCCUUGUUGUAUAUUCGUGCAUCUCUUUUGAUUUCUUGAAAAUCAUUUUGAUGCCUAAGAGGAAUUUGCACAAAAUGUCUUAUUUCAGUGAGAACAUGCACACAACUACUUCAUUUAAUGUCUAAAUAAGCCAUUUACUUCUGUUUGUUCCUUUUGUAAAUAGUAAUGCGUACAUUCUGACAGCAGUGAAGAUCUAAACGUGACGUAUUUACUUAUACUGUAAUAUAAUUUGCCAAAUGUUUUCUUCUAUACUGUGUGUUAUUUGAUUGAAUGUGAAUUACCAGAAAUGUUCUCUAGUCUACAUAAUGCCAGUUAAAAUACCUUUGCCUUGAUUUCUGAUAUGCGUUGUUAUAUUUCUCAAGUUCACAUUUUUUCUCUGUUCACUCUUUGUUAGGAGGCAUUUUCAAAUUAAUAUAAUUUAUUGAGUUUGUAAUCUAAAAUAAAAAUAUAUGAUUA